AGAGAAACUGUUUUGCCUCUCCACAUUGCGACUCCUUCCGGUAAAAUUUGUGAUAACAAUACUGGGUAGGUUAAAAAGUCUACUUUUUAAAUAAAGUUACAAUAUUAAAGUAAAUUAUUUGGGAAAUAUUUCUCAAAUGAUAUAUGUUUUAAAUUGAAUGACUAUUAUCUGUGAUUAAAUCUAAUUAUCACUCUUUAAGAAAAUGGUUAGAAGCUACAGUGAGGAACUGGAGUAUCUUGAAAGAAUUACUCCAACAUCAUGGAGAAUCAAGAAAGGUUUUGUACCAAAUAUGAAAGUGGAAGGAGUCUUCUACGUAAAUGAUCAUUUGGAGAAGUUGAUGUUUGAAGAGCUUCAGCAUGCAUGCAGACCGGGAGGCUUUGGUGGAUUUCUUCCAGGAGUAAAACAAAUAGCAAAUGUUGCUGCCCUACCAGGAAUUGUCGGGAAUUCAAUAGGUUUACCGGAUAUUCAUUCGGGUUAUGGUUUUGCAAUUGGAAACAUGGCUGCUUUUGACAUGGAUGAUCCAAAUGCAAUAGUAUCUCCCGGGGGUGUUGGUUUUGAUAUUAAUUGUGGUGUGAGGCUACUCAGAACAAAUUUAUCUGAAAAAGAUGUUCAGCCGGUUAAGGAACAAUUAGCUCAAUCUAUGUUUGAUCAUAUUCCUGUUGGAGUUGGCUCUAAGGGAAUUAUACCAAUGGGAGCUAAAGAUCUGGAAGAAGCUCUUGAAAUGGGAAUGGAUUGGUCGUUAAGAGAAGGUUACAUUUGGGCUGAAGAUAAAGAACAUUGCGAAGAAUAUGGUCGUAUGCUACAAGCCGAUCCUAACUGUGUCUCGGCCAGAGCAAAGAAACGCGGUCUACCUCAACUUGGUACUUUAGGUGCUGGUAAUCAUUAUGCUGAAAUUCAAGUUGUUGAAGAAAUUUUCAAUGAACAUAACGCCAAGAGAAUGGGUAUAGAAUUCGAGGGACAAGUCUGUGUCAUGAUCCAUUGUGGAUCACGAGGAUUAGGUCACCAAGUGGCUACAGAUGCACUUGUGUCCAUGGAAAAAGCAAUGAAAAGAGAUAAAAUUGAGGUAAAUGAUCGGCAGUUAGCAUGUGCUCAAAUUCACUCAAAGGAAGGUCAAGAUUACUUAAAAGGUAUGGCUGCCGCUGCUAACUAUGCAUGGGUCAAUCGAUCUUCGAUGACUUUUCUCUGUCGACAAAGUUUUGCAAAAAUGUUUAACUCUACCCCAGAUGAUUUAGACAUGCAUAUGAUAUAUGAUGUUAGCCAUAAUAUUGCUAAGGUUGAACAACAUUUCGUCCAAGGUAAAGAAAAAACUCUACUUGUUCAUAGAAAAGGUUCAACUAGAGCUUUUCCUCCUCACCAUCCUUUAAUACCCGUUGAUUAUCAACUAACUGGUCAGCCAGUACUUAUUGGUGGCACUAUGGGUACCUGUAGUUAUGUCUUGACAGGCACUGAAAUUGGUAUGCAACAGACAUUUGGUUCGACUUGCCAUGGAGCUGGACGUGCACUAUCCAGGGCAAAGUCUAGGCGAAAUUUAGAUUACGUAGAUGUCCUGAAAGCGUUAGAUAAGCAAGGAAUAUCUAUUAGGGUGGCAUCACCAAAACUGGUUAUGGAAGAAGCACCGGAAUCGUACAAAAAUGUUACAGAUGUUGUUGAUACUUGUCAUAUUGCCGGAAUAAGUCAGAAAUGUUUCAAGCUGCGACCUGUUGCCGUCAUCAAAGGCUAA